UGAACACCUGCGAUUAGGGCGACACGGUAUUGUUGAAUUCAGGAAAGACAACUGUUGGAAAGACUUAACAUUCCACGAACAUCAGAAUACAAAAAUGAACCACUAAACGCACUUGCUGCACUGUGGAUGAAUUGUGAAUUCUUGUGUGAUAGCUGAAGACCAUGGCAUUAACUAACCAAUCCAUUCUGGCAUAUUGUGCAUCAAUCACAGCUUUUAGUCUUAUAAGUGGAGCCUUUUCAUUCUACUAUGUGAAAGUUUUUAUGAACUUUUAUCAUAUUGAUGAGAAAUGGUUCCAGUUGUCUCAAGUAUUGUUUAUGAUCUGGAAUGCCAUUAAUGAUCCACUAUUUGCAUACAUUCAGGAUAGUACAAACUUAUCGUUUACAAAAACCCGCAGAGAAAGUAUAAUGUAUUCUGGACCUUUGUUUGCUUUGUCAUUUAUAAUACCAUGGAUACCAUGGGGCCAUGGUACAUGGAUUGUUGGACUACAUUUAAUUGUAGCGUUAUUUCUUUGGGAUACAAUGUAUACUUUCGUAGGAUUAGCAGCUUGUUCAUUGUUUUCUGAGCUUUCUAAAGACACUAAUGACAGAAUAACACUAACAAGAUAUGCAGAGGUCGCAAGGCUGAUUGGAGGAACAAGUGUUCUGUUUCUAGAAUUCACCUCAAAUAGUCUUCACAAUUUCCUAGCGUUUCAGAUAACCACAGUAAUUUUAGCCCUGGUUUCAUGGACAUUGUUUAGAUACACAGGAAAAAAUGCUCAUACUGAAUAUGAUUUGAAAGAAAUGAAUUUAUCGGACAAAAAAGACGGGGGUGUUGAUAUAUCACAUGCCAAAACAAUGGAUGAAUCUUAUUGUAAACAGACAUGCCAGAUUUUAUCAGACAGAAAUUUUAUAUCAUUUGUCGUCACUAACUUUUUUCACCAAUUUCACAAUACAUUCCUUAGUAAUUUUACAGCAAUCAUUUGUGAUCAGUUAAUCUCAGACAGUGAUAUUCCACUCAAUGUUAGAAAGAUAUUCUAUGGUGCAACAACAAUUUCAGCAUCGGUGUUGGUGAUAUUUGGUGCACCAUUGAUAAGGAGGUAUUCCUAUUUCUCUGUGAUCAGAUGUAGUUACAUGUACACUGUUGUGGCUGGGAUUUUUAUGUACAUCUGGGGAUGGAACAAACCAUGGCUGCUGAUGCUCUUUGUCUUAUUAGAUAGUUGUGUGACUUUUGCCUCCUUUUCUCUGUUUAAUAUGCCAUUAUCAGAUAUAGCAGAUGACAACAUGGCAAAAUACAAAAGAAAACAUCCGAUAUCAUCUAUGGUAUUUGGAACUAAUGCAUUAAUUACAAAGCCUGCAAUCUCAUUGGCACCAAUGUUUGUGGUGGCCAUUUUGAAUCUCUAUGGUUACAAUGGAUUGAAAGACCAAAAAGGAGAAGGAUCUGAAGAACUUAGAACAGCCAUGUUUACCUUAGUCUGUUUUUACUCAGUUAUUGUAGGAGCAAUUCAGUUUAUUUCAUGGUCAUUUUUCUCUAUUCGAGGAAAAACCAAUGCAACAUGUACUGAUUUUUGAAUUUUCAAUUAUUUAGAGGAAUAACUCACAUACCAAAGAAAUCUUUAGUAUUGUUAUGUUUCAGAAUUUAAAUGAUAUACUGUAGAAACAUUCAUUUUAUGUUGGGUUAAAAUUUUAAGGUUUUGUCUUUCUAUAUUAUUUAGGAUUUCAUAAGGGUUUAAUUUCUUUGUUUCCAGUAAAUGGAAGUGAUAUCAUAGGUAGGUUAAAUUUUCAUGGGAGUUUUAAUUUCGUGGAAAUUUUCUUUCCAAGAAAUAAAUGAAGUUAAUUCCUCAAUGAAAAUAUCUGCUUUUACAGUUAUUAAGUGUUUAUCAAUUCAUCAGUGCCUAUUUGGUGCUUCACUUUGGCUAAUCUCAUGGACAGAAUCUUGUUGAGGCAUUGACACAGUUUAUUAGCUGUGUCAAUCAAACAAUUUUCAAUCUUUUCAUAUUUGUAUGAAUGGAAAUAUAAUUCAUAGAAAGAUUUCUUGUAAAAUUUAUAUUUAUGAUACAAUGUACUACACACCUCCAAUGAAUUUGAUUACAUGAAAUAAGAUCUGAUAUGUAUUUUGUAAUGAAAAGGAAUGAUUUGUUGCUCAUUGUUUUGGAAAAUCAAAAAGUAAUAUAGAUCUUUUAAUGAACACAGAUUUUUUAAAGAUUAUGCAUGGAAAACCCAAUUUUGUGUGAUAAAAAGAAAACUACGCCAUAGAAUUUAAAGAUAAAUAUGAGAAAAUUGCUCUUUUAAUCUGCUUUUAGAUAAGAAAAAGAAAUAAUGGGGUCGCCAGAAUGAUUUUCUUGUUACACAAUAAAAAAGGGAAAUUCACAACACAUUUAUUAUAAAAAAUAGUUUAUUUGAGUGAUCUCCCCUUAUAGAUAAAGGAAGAUGUGGUAUGAGAGCCAAUGAGACAACUCGCCAUUCAACUCACAAUUGGUUAAAGUAAACCAUUAUAGGUCACAGUACAGUCUUCAACACAGAGCCUUAUCUGCCCUUACAUCUGAGUACUUCCCCUUAUUUGGCAAAAAAUUGAAAAAAGUGAAUCAAACAAAAAAGUUCACUGAAUAUGAUAAAGCACUUGAAUUUCUAUAUAACCAUAAAUAGUAAUACACAUGAAUUACAAACUACUCGUGAAAAUUUUAGUUUUCAUGAAAGACAUAAUCUAAUUGUUAUCAUUUUUGGCAAAAUCCAAGAUGUAGGAAGACACCCUAGCUACCUUCAAUACUGACAGUGCGAGGGCUUCAAAGCCAGUCAAUGUCGUUAAAAAAACCCAUAAGGAAAGCUACCUUAGUCAUGAUCAGUAAGGUGGUAAAGAUAUCUUAACAUAUGUACACUAGUCUUAUAGUGCAAUACAUUUACAACUGGGGUCAAACUCAUCUAUUUUAUUGUAUUUUGUUAAUGUAUAUGUUUUCCUAGAAAUGAUAUUUUUUAUAUUAAUAUGGUGUGCAAUUUAAAUCUAAUCUGAUUUAAUUUUUGUUUAAUUUUGCUCUCAUGGAGAGUUGUUUUUACUUUUAAGUUCAUUUUAUUAUG